CAGAUGACCGCAGUGCUUCCUCCCGGUCAGCAGGGGGCGACAGAGCGGCUGACGCAGCACAGACAAACAGCGAGUCGCUCUGUUUACAUGGAGCUAGCUUUAGCUUUAGCAUUAGCUUCAGCUUCUGCUGAGCGGUAAGGUUCAGGUAGAGAGGUCAAAGGUCAACGGGUCCCCUCAACAUGGUCAAACAGCAGCGGAGAGCAGACAGGUGUUUUGUACCUGCUGCAGUGAACAGUGUGACGCGGGUUCGAUUCCCUGUCGGCCCCGUGCAGAGGAGACAGGCUCUGACUCACCAGGUUUCAGGCAGGAAGUGGGCGGGUUUAGGGUCGGGAGGCUCUGACGGCCGGCCGUGCUGCAGCGCCACCACCACAGAAGAAGAGAGCGGAGCCCCGGGGCCAGACGGAGGUUCGGGAGAGACGGAGGCAAAGAGGGCGAGAGCGGACGGAACUGAGGAGGCUGCGGCUCUGACCAACCGAGAGAAAGUCCCAGGGUCAUGUGGUCAACCAGGAAGUGAGGGCGGCUCCACAGGAGAUGGUGUUUCGUCCAGACUUCCUCCUCCAGACCAGCAGGGGUCAGCAGAGCACGGUGACGGCAGCAGAGCAGCUGAGCUGCAGAGCGUGGCGUCACUGAAGGUCACCAUCCAGCAGAGCAGUGAGAGCAGGGAGUUUGGACAGACAGACAGGACAGCCGACAGACAGACAGGUGGACUCCACUGUCACGUCUGUAACGUCACCUGUUGCUCUCUGCAGGUGUUUCAGGAACACAUGGCAGGAUCAGAACACCUGAGGAAACUGAAGGAGAUCACACAGUCCAUCUGCCUCAAUACACACACACUGCAGGACAGGGGGCGUCGGCCUGACACACAGCGCUGGUGUGACACCUGUCAGACUCACUUCAGCGGUGAUGUCAUCAUCCAUCGACGGACAAAACAACACAAGAUGUGUAAGCAGCUGUGCCGUCCCUUCUGUCCGGUGUGUAAACGCCACUUCAGGACUCCCAGGAAGUUUGUGGAGCACAUGAAGUCUGCAGAGCACAAGCAGCAGGUGCUCCUGGAGGAGGCUCAGGAGGAGGAGCUGAUCACUGUGGACGCUGUCGGCUGCUUCGAGGGAGAGGAGGAGGAGGAGGAGGUAGAAGUAGCUGAGGAAGAAGAGCAGCGCGGAGUAGGAAAAGAAGAAGCAGAGGAGGAAGUGUCGCAGGCAGCUGACACACAGGAAACACACAGGGAGGAAUAUGACCCCCACACCACAUAUGGAAGCAGCUUUGUGGUUCCUGCCUCUGGCUUCGUGUGUCGACUCUGUAACAAGUUCUUCUACAGCGAGACGACAGCACGACACACACACUGCAGGACACACACACACUACCGCAACCUGCAGAGCCUCGGACCUCAGCGGAGACGCGAAGACGAGGGCAGAGCUGCUCUGAGCUGAGCCGCUCACACUGUAUCCCACAAUGCACCUGUGUUUCCAGGUAACUGCUGCUGACGCCAUGCUGCGUGGAGACAUGUGGGACCAGGCGGGUCCGUCACUGUCAGAGCAGCUGCAGAGGAGGACUUUAAUGAAGACAGGUGGAUCUGCUAAAGGACUGUUGGGCCUUUACCCCCUCCAGCGAGGAUGAAGAUGUGCGGCUGCUCCAGCAGGGCUUCUGCUUACUGAGGCAGAAAACCCAAACACUGAACUGAUCACAGCGGUCAGAUUAAUCCUCUGUCUUCUCCGUUAAUUGUUCCGCCUCUCUAUUAAAUUCUAACUUAUCACCGCUUCA